GCAUAGUAUGUUAAAAAACAUUUAAGAAGGAAAAUUACAAAAAAGAUAACAUAAAAUAACUUUAUUGCGGUUUGAUAACUGAUCAAAAGUGAAGAAUUUUCGGGCAAUUUAUACUUUAAAUAUCCAAAUAAAAGCGACGAUCGGUUGAUAUUCAUACAAACAUGCUUGGACAUUAUUAGAUACGAUAUGGUUGGGAUAUAUAUUAUAGUAUGGAACUGUAUAUACCUGCGUUAGAAAAGCCAGUGAUUAAGUCUGAACUAUAAUUUGGAUAUUCUACUGAUACCACAGCAAUUUCUAACGCGAUAUACAUGACAACAAAAAAAAAAAUCAAUACAGAUGAUUUCAUAUUACGAUGCAUCGCAAUGCAUCGUUCCCAUGCAUAAAGUUUUGUAUUAAAUGGUUUCAAAUUACGUUGAAUGCAAAAUUAUUGGACGGGAUGGAGUUUUUAAAUAGACGGCGUUGAAAUUAUAUGAAACUGCUAAAGCUAUACAACUAUUAAGGAAUAUUGAAAUAGUUUCAACCAUGAAAUAUAUAAAUAUUAAUAUGUAUAUACUUUUGACAAUAGUCCUGUGUAGCUUAUUGAAGGUGUUGAGCUAUGCUGAAGUUUGUACGUUACUCUAUUCUGAUGAUGAACAGAAAGAAGGGAAUAUAAAAAAUCCACUGGACAGAUAUGUCAAUUUCCAAAUUUUUGAAAAAGAAGAAUGCUCGGUAAACACAACAUCUAUUUACAUAGUUUUAUCAUCAUCAAAUGAACAAGACGGAAAUAACAUUGGGACAAUCAACCCAUCUGAUCUGACAAUUGCUGUAAAAUUUGUGUUUCCUUAUAAAACUGAAAUUCAUUUCAUGCCCUUAAACUCUAGUUUAGGGAUUGUCACGCGAAAGUGGAAUAUAGUUUUAAUUCUGUAUAAAUGUUCAGUUGCUGUUGAAGAAAUUAAUACUUUUCUAACGUUUGGAAGAAUUGUCAUGUUACAAAUACUCGAAAAUCCAAAGAUAUUUGAUAUGGACACAAAGUGCAUGUACGCGUCUGAUCUUCAAGUGCUUCUGAUUCAAAAUUCAUGUGAAGAAAGAAAAACCAAUUUUGGCAAAUUUCUAUUUUGGGAUUCUUGCAAACAAACAUUUUCCAGGACAGUUAUACUUUCUCUAAAAAUUUGCUUGAAUAUAAAUUCUACUGCACUUCAAAAACGGUUCCCAAAUUUAUAUACUUUAGUUCUAUCUAACGUAAACAUACACGGCGCUUUUCACUUUCCAUUCAAUAGGAAUUAUACCAAGGACGAAACGAAAGAUAGAGCAAUAAUGGACGUGAUGAAAUUGUUUUUUGACUUUAUGCAGAAAUCAUAUCCAUAUUAUUACUUGUUUUCAGAAACUUCUCUCAUUUUACUUAAUUGUCAAAUCAAUCAAAGUUUGCUCUAUUUAAGUGGAAGUGGCGAUGAAAUACGAAUAUCCGAGAUGGCUAUUGAAACUAUGAAACCUGACCUAUUCCGCGACAUAGUUUUAAGUACAACAAUUGAUCUUUCCAACAACAACCUAGAAAGUGUAGAUGAUGAUUUGUUUCAAAAUCAACCUCUGGUGAAAUACCUCUAUCUCCAAAAUAACAAAUUAACAGUGUUACCGCAAAAUAUAUUCAUAGGUCUGAGAAGUAUUUUGACCAUUGACGUGUCUGGUAAUUUUAUAAAAAGUGUACACAGUGACCCAUUUCAGUCACUUUCAAAUAUACAGGAAAUAGAUCUAAAUAACAAUUUAAUAGAAUAUUUACCAGCAAAUAUUUUCAAGAAUCAAACUAAUUCUCUUAAAGUGCUCUAUCUGAAUUCUAAUCCUCUAAAAGACAUCCCUGUCUGGCCUUUUUAUGCUACAUUUUUAAGUAUAUAUCAUAUAGGUGAUGCAAAAUUAACUGGACAAAGUAUCAUUAGACUUUUAGACAAUUUAAAUACAUUAGAUAUAGCUGAAAAAGAGGUUGAAACACAAUUGGCACUACCUUUAAAGUCACAAGCACCGCUUCCGAUAGUUUUACUUUAUAAAAAUGAAAUUGAAACUAUUCCAUCUGAAAAAGUGACUGCCUUGCAGCUGAGCAAACUUUUAACUUUGCUGUCACAUUUUACUCUGAACUUUAAUGGAAACCCACUCACAUGUAAUUGUGACACAUACGUAAUUCACAGGCUGUAUGAAAUUGCUAACGGGACAGGCCAGAUGCAGUUAGCUAGGCUUUCUUUGAACACGUUUCAAUGCGAGCAUCAAUCCGAGUUACGGGGCCGACUUAUGUGGAAUAUCACAGAGAAUGAAAAGUACUGCGCGGUAACUAUGAAAGAGUGUCCACAGAAAUGUGAUUGUUUUAAAAGAAAAUCUACAGACACGAUCAUAGUUGACUGCAGAGGUCGUUCUCUGGUGAAAAUGCCCCAAAUAUUACCACCGUAUAAAUUAGAGUUGUGGUUUGAGAACUCAAACAUUUCAAAAGUCAGUUCAUUCUCAUAUUUUGAAAACAUAACAGUUUUAAAUCUAGCAAAUAACCACAUCAAACAAAUCUCUGCAUCAGUUAUUAACAAAUUGAGCAUUGCUCGGAUCAUCUGUCUGCACUCAAAUAACUUGACCUAUCUUCCUAUUCAAAUACAAUCUCUACAGUUGACCAAACUGACAUUGUCAAACAAUCCAUUUGUUUGUGAUUGCACUAUGAGAUGGAUGAAAACAUGGCUACUUAAUGAUGAGGACCUUAUAGUUGACUGGAUAAAAGUUCAGUGUUUGGAAAAGUCUAACACCAUCAGGCAGUUCAUCGCAGUCUCUGAUUCACACUUCGUGUGUACAACAACAAAUAAUUUCAUUGUGGGUGAACACGUCUUUCUACCAUCAAUUAUAAUUAGUUCUGUGGUAUUUGUGCUCCUAGUGCUUUCGUUGAUUAUUUACUUUUUCAGGUUUAAUGUUAAAGUUUUGUUGUUUGUUUACUUUAACAUACAUCCUUUUGACAAGAAACAACAGAAAGAGAAAACCAACUUUUAUGAUACUAUAGUCAUUUACGUUCAGGAAGACAAAGAGUUGGUAGAAGUGGUAAUUAAUCAUUUAAGGAAACGAGGAUACGAAAUUGGCGACCUAUACAUGCAUUCUUUUGUAGGAUACACGUGGAUAGAAAACAUAGAAAAACUGAUAGCUUGUUCAAAGAGUGUACUCUUGUGCAUGCCAGUAGAUUCAAUAAAUGAUAAACUUAUCCAAGCAGCAUGGAAUAUAGCAUUUGAUAAAUGCAUCACGUCAUCAAUAAACUCUUUAAUUUUGGUUACAGACAAGAACAUUCAGAAACAAAAACGCCUAGAUGGAAGUCUAAGACUCUUUAUAAGAAGCAAUAACUGUGUAGAUAGGCAUGCAACACUACUUUUGGAGAAAGUUGAUUACCUGGUAGCCAGUCUUACACCAAACAAAAACAUUGGUAACGCCGAAGCGAACACUGAAGAACAGUGCAUUGAUAUAGACCCGAAGCGAGUUCUUGUUUCUUAUCCAGAUGAACUUCAUUUGUUUGUUAAGAAUAAACUGAUGUCCUUUCUCUCUGAGAAGAACCUGACCAUGAAAGUGUUAGACAUGCUUUUUACAAUAGGAAUUGACAAAAGAGAAGAACUUCCUGAUAUCCUAGAUGCUGCUGACUUUGUCAUAUACAUUGUCAAUGACGAAAUAUUAAAUGAUGAAAUCUCACUCUACAUAUUGACUGAAAUUCUUACUAAAUCUCAGCUUGAACAUUAUAAUUACUUACUCUUAUGCACAUUAGGUCAAGUAUGCAUCGAGAACAUGCCAAAGGAAUUGUCAAAGUAUGUUGAAAACUAUGUGACCAUAAGCGCAAAUGAUACCAAAUUUCAAGAUCGCAUCUUGGAAUCAAUAACUCAAAUAAAACAAAGGAAAGAAAAACGUGAAAUACACGAUUUUGAAAUGAUUCCAUUACUAUAAAUUUCUUUGAUGUUAUUUACACUUUUUCACAGACCAAUUCGAACUGAUUUUACUUCCAGUGAUUGGUAUAUUUCAUAUUUCUGAAUAAAUGAAAAUAAAUCUGAUCAUGUAAGUGCGUUUAAAGCGCGUCGUUCACACAUUUUAGAGGAACAUUGUUUUCUCUCAAAAUUCGAUAAAAAGUAGGAACUGUAAAAGUGACCAGUGAUAUAACCUUAAUGACACGAUGCCAUUGCUAAGUUUUUAAUAAACACAAUAAAUAACUAAAAGCAGAAGCGUAGCAUUCUUUUAAAACAAUGGAGAAAAGCAACGAGCUUGCCUUUUUAAUUAUAUUUAACCCCUAUUUUCGCUCACUUUUUCUAUUUUUUUCGAUGCCAUGUAUAUAUUUUUUAUUCCAAACUUGAUGGAAAUGCAAAAUGUUAAUGUUGAAACAUUUGACCCUUAAGUUUCAUAUUAAGGACAAUGGUCAAGGACGUACUGAAUUAGCUUAUACAUUGAAUUAUGAUCUUUGAUUCAAAUAAUUUUGAUCAUAACACUAUUGCCUUUUAUUCAUUUGAACCUUAGAAAGAAUAUUUUCAUAUUACUAACAUAAAACAAAUAGUGCUAUGGUCUCAAACCACUGUUAUUUUACUAUACAGUACAACCUCUCCAGAGCGGUCCUCUCUUAAGCAAAAUCCUCUCUACAACAACAUCAUCAAAAUUUCCGUAAGCUGAAAAACAAUAUCAAAUUUACCUAUCCAGAACAACAACCUCUACCUAACAGUCAAUAUUUGUAUCGCCCAAAGGGUGUUGCUCUACAGAGGUUGCAUGUUCUAUAUAGACACUGUACACUAUUGCAAUUUUGCUUGCAUUUCAACACCCCCACUUCCCCCCAACACCCGCAAUGAACAUGGGGUUGACCUGCUCUGUUCUUUGUCCACCAUCUGGAACCAAAUCACAUGCGUAUGAAGAAUAGUGUCUUAAUGAUCGCAAACACUGAUCCUAUCAAAAAACCAUGCAAUGCAUAUUCGGAUAUUCUCAUUCUGUUAAAUUGUACAUGUAUAUACUGUUUCAUAUCUCGCCUAUUGAUCAUGUCAUUUAUUGCAGGUCUUUCCCUCAAAACUUCAUCAAUAUUCGAUAUCAAACGGAGGACUAUUUUCCGCGUAACCACUUCCUUAUUGUCAAUCAAGGGCAAAUAACUGUGAUCUUGUGCCUAUUUAAACUGGCCUAUUUCAAUGCUGUUAUGGUAGCUUUAUUUCAUUUAUUGACAUACAGUAGAUUAUUUUUGCUCAUGAAAUGUUUUAGAAUUAUGUGUUUUCAGCAUUAAUUUAAAUCUUGUAUAUAGUUUAAAUACACAUAGUGAUAUUUAUAGAUGGUCAUCUUUUGCUAAUAACAAGGAUCAUUCAUGUAGAUGAUAUCAAAGUUGUUUUAAUUUGAGCUUUUCAGUUCAGCGUGUA